AGUCUGCGGGUCACGUGAUGCCUGUCAUGGCAGCCUCCGUGGCCUGGGGAGGCGUGAAUGCUGGAUUCCUGCUGCGGGCGGCCAGGGGUGCCUGGUGUAGCCGAUCUGGGGGCUUUUGGGGGUCCGGGGAGGCGGCGGCGCCAGCGAUAGCCAGGAAAUUCCAGGCGACAGGCUCGCGCCAGGCAGGGGAGGAAGAAGCCGGCGGCCCCGAACGGCCAGGGGACGUGGUGAACGUGGUGUUCAUAGACCGGUCAGGCCAGCGGAUUCCCGUGAGCGGCAGAGUCGGGGACAAUGUUCUCCACCUGGCCCAGCGCCAUGGGGUGGACCUGGAAGGGGCCUGCGAAGCCUCCCUGGCGUGCUCCACCUGCCAUGUGUAUGUGAGCGAGGACCACCUGGACCUUCUGCCUCCUCCUGACGAGAGGGAGGAUGACAUGCUGGACAUGGCCCCCCUCCUCCAAGAGAACUCCCGGCUGGGCUGCCAGAUCCUGCUGACUCCUGAGCUGGAAGGGGCUGAAUUCACCCUGCCCAAGAUCACCAGGAACUUCUACGUGGACGGCCAUGUCCCCAAGCCCCACUGAUACAGACAGCUGGAUCGUCCUAGACACUCACGGCCCCAGCGCCGGGACUGGAGAAAUAGCCAAGUUGCCAGCCCAGCCCAGAGCAGGGACAGGCCUGAGAGAGAGAUGUCGGAAGCGGCCAGAAGGCUAAAACCCCUGCAUCAGAGAGAGCCCAUGUCCAGGCUGUGGUGGGGACAGCGCCCCUACUGGGGCAGCCUCCCUCAAGCCCCCUGAGAAAGGGGAUGUGGAUGGGGUGGAAUCUAAUUGGAGCAACAAUAAAACUGUCUCACAGA